GCAGCUAGGAGUACGUCCCUAUGGGAAGCCCCAGCAACGACAAACCUAUUCCUGGCCUGCACCAGCUGCCACGGCCAGCCAUGGACAGAGGCAAGACCAAGGCCGACCCACAUGCCGUGGCUGUUGCCGCCGAGCCGGACCUGCAGGACGAGAGCGAGUCCGAGUCAGGUUCAGAGUCUAUCGAGAUCGCGGACCUCAAGAAGCGCAUGUGGAAGGACCAGUUGCUUCUCAUGAAGCUCGAGGGCAGCCCGGGCCAUGAACGGAGAGCAACCGGACAGAGGCCGGGCACGGACCUGGCCCAAGCAGAGAAGGAGGCAGAGAUGCCGGAGUCACGGUACCGCCGCAAGGCGAUGCUCCGGGCGCAGGACGGCGUCCUCCGGCACAUGCUCAGGAUGAUGGAGGCGUGCAACGCGCGGGGGUUCGUGUACGGCAUCGUGGACGAGACCGGCAUGCCCGUGUCCGGCUCCUCCGACAGCCUCCGCGGCUGGUGGAAGGAGGACGUUGGGUUCGAGCGGACGGGACCGACGGCCCUGGCCGGUCCGUCGACGGCACUCGAAAGCCCGGGGUCGUCGUUCCUCCACGGGCUCCUCGACAUCCAGGACAGCACACUGGGGUCCCUGCUCUCGGCGCUGAUCCAGCACUGCGAGCCCCCGCAGCGGAGCUUCCCGCUGGACAGGGGACUGCCGCCACCAUGGUGGCCGACGGGCCAAGAGGUCUGGUGGGGCCUGCAGGGCGAGACCCAGGCGCACCAGGGCCCACCGCCGUACCGGAAACCUCACGACCUGAAGAAGGCGUGGAAGAUCUCCCUGCUGAGCGCGGUGAUCAAGCACCUGAGCCCGCGCUUCGACCAGAUGCGCAAGCUCGUGUGGCAAUCCAAGCGGCUGCAGCAUAGGAUGAGCGCCAGGGACGCCGAGACCUGGUCCAGGGUCAUCACCCAGGAGGAGGCGCUCGACCGCCAGGUGCAGCGCGCCCUGCGGAUCACGCCGCUCGAAGAGCAGCCAGGCGACGACGACGACAAGGAGCCGCGGGAAGCGGGACGCGACCUGCACGUCGACAAGCGCAAGCGAGAGGUUGGCAACGAGAGCACGGGAGGAAAUGUCGACAGUGGCCGUGGCCGGGAGCUGGUUGCGCUGCCGGGCAUUGACGGCGUCGCGGAGGCGGACCGCAACUCCAUCGACGAGCUCAUGAAGAUGUACUACAGCUGUCUGCAGGGCACAGACGGCGGUGAACAGGAGAUCAAGGACGUGGCGGCUGGAGGUGGGGAGCAGAGCAAUACUUCCUCUGCUGAGACCGGCGUACUGGACGCGGCGACGGUGCACGAUGACAUGUUCGACGAUUUUUUGAGCGUUGCCGAUGUGGUGGACAUGAGUGACUUCCCGGGCAGUCCGAUCUGGCACUGGGGGAGUUCGGAUUUGGAUUAGUGGGUUAAAAGUUAUUUCUUACUCAAGACGAGGUG